ACUGGAGCAUCGCUUAAAUACUCGUACGUCAAAAUUGACAAAAAUGGAUGAGCAAUAUCCCGAAUUUCGAGGCGACAUGCCAACAAAUCCGACCCUGUCCGAACUGUUCGUCAAGAACAAGAUGCGAUACUGUUCCCUGGAACUGUCUCCCAACAAACCUGUGUCCUAUGAUGUUCUGGAAAGGAUGAAGAUCAAAUUCUGUUCUGUCAUCUGGCUGGGAAAUCAAGAUAAGGAACCGGCGGAGAUAGGAUCUUUGAUCCUGGCUAAGGACCUGAUAUCAAGGGGAUAUGUCGUUCUUCUACACAUGACCGCACGAAACAACACCAAAGUAUCUCUGUCCAAAGUGCUAGAUCACGCCAAGUUUAUAGGAGUGAAAAAUUUGUUGUGUCUUCGAGGUGGUAGCCCAGAAUGCUCACUAGAAGCGUCAAAAUACGAUUUUCCACAUGUUCCCGACAUGAUGAACUACAUCACAAAAAACUAUGGAAAUUAUUUCGAUAUGUGCGUCGCUGGAUUUCCUUACAAACAUCCAGACUCGAAGACCAUAGAUGACGAUAUGAAGUAUCUAAAAGAAAAAGUAAGACUGGUAAAAUUCAUGUCUUCCCAAAUAAUAUAUAGAUCGCAUGAAGUUGACUCUUAUUGUCAUAUUCAAACGAAUAAAAAAACGAAAUAA